AUGGCAAAUAGAAGUAUAAGAUUAAAGGUUGAAUCUGUACCAAAUGAUUCUGCUGCAUUCUCCAAUCGUGUUUUUAUGAAUCCAAAGGAUUUCAGACAGAUUCUACAACCAACUGGUAAUCGUGAGAAUACAAACUAUGUUACAAUCAAUGAAAACUAUGUUUUAUCUGCAUCUGAAUCACCAGAUGUUGCAGUAGGUACAAUUGGUCUAUCAAAAGCACAAAGACAAAUUUGGUUACAGUUUGGUCUCAAGGAAGAAAUCAGUGUUAAGGCAUUCGAGCCAGAACCAACCGUCGCUUCAUCGAUUACAUUCAAGAUUGACUAUCUCACCGCUGGUAAGAAGGGACCGAGAUUAGAUGCGAAAUUGAUUGCUCUGCAGAUCUCACGUGACUACGACAGUCAGUAUUUCAUGGAGGGUCAAUCAUUGUUCAUCAACUACUCACAGAGCAACUUUGUGCUUACCGUUUCAAAGGUACAGUUGACACCGGAUUCCGGUGAGGCUCAUCAAGGUCUGUUGUUGACCACUACACAGGUAAUCUUGGUCAAAGCCGACGGUGCAUCGAUCGAUAUCGAAUCGAACGGUCCAUUGACAAGCAUCCCGGUAUUCAAACAGGAGUGGGAUUUCGAAAACAUGGGAAUCGGUGGUUUAGACGCAGAGUUCCGUGACAUCUUCCGUCGUGCUUUCGCAUCGAGAAUCUUCCCACCCGCUAUCGUUGCAAAACUCGGUGUCCAACACGUCAAGGGUAUCUUGUUACACGGUCCACCAGGUACCGGUAAGACUUUGAUUGCACGUCAAAUCUCAAAGAUGUUGAAUGGUCGUGAACCAAAGAUUGUCUCUGGUCCAGAAGUUCUUGGAAGAUACGUCGGUCAACCAGAAGAAAACAUUAGAAAUCUAUUCAAAGAUGCAGAGAUUGAAUACAAACAAAAAGGAGAGGAUUCACAAUUACAUAUUAUUAUUUUCGAUGAAAUCGAUUCGAUUUGUAAGACUAGAGGUACAAAGACAGGUGAUGCCGGUGUAAACGAUUCGAUUGUCAAUCAGCUGUUGGCAAAGAUCGAAGGUGUCGAGUCUUUGAAUAAUAUUUUGGUGAUUGGUAUGACCAAUCGUAAGGAUAUGAUCGACGAAGCUUUGCUCAGACCCGGUCGUCUUGAAGUUCACGUUGAGAUCUCACUCCCCAACGAAGAGGGUCGUGUCCAAAUCUUCAAGAUUCACACUGCCAAGAUGACUGCCAACAAAUUGAUGGCACCCGAUGUCAACCUGAAGCACUUGGCUGCCAACACCAAGAAUUACUCUGGUGCCGAAAUCGAGGGUGUCGUCAAGGCUGCCACCUCCUAUGCCUUCUCGAGACAAGUAGACACAAAGAAUAUCAAGAAUGUAGAGUUGAAGCUCGACCAACUCCAUGUUAAUGCCAGUGAUUUCGAACGUGCAUUGGGCGAUAUCAAGCCAGCCUUUGGUGUCGACGAAGAACUCUUUAAUAACUACGCUAUCAACGGUAUCAUCAACUACGGUCCUGCCUUUGAGAAGAUUCAACAAUCAGGUCAAACCUUUAUUGAACAAGUUAAAAACUCAAAUAGAACUCCAUUGGUUUCGAUUUUGUUGCCUGGAAAACCAGGUUCCGGUAAAUCAUCGUUGGCCACAACACUUGCCUCAACUUCUGGAUUCCCAUACAUUCGUAUCAUUUCACCAGAUGACUUGGUUGGUUUCACAGAGAUUGCUAAAGCAUCUAAAAUUACAAAGAUCUUUGAAGAUUCUUAUAAAUCACCAAUGAGUUGUAUUAUUGUUGAUGAUAUUGAGAGACUCAUUGAGUUUGUUCCAAUCGGACCAAGAUUCUCCAAUACCAUUCUUCAAACAUUAACUGUUUUGCUCAAGAGAACACCACCAAAGGGUCGUAAGCUGUUGAUCUUGGCCACCACUUCCAACCCAGAAGCCAUCAGAGACUUGGGUUUGGAUGAGUGCUUCGCCACAUCCAUGCAGGUACCCUCAAUAACUAAACCAGAGGAAUUCAAAAAAGUAUUGCUUGAAUUGGAAGCGUUCUCACCCCAAGAUGUAGAUUUGGCAACAAAGAAAUGUUUCACUGGACAGCCUAUCACUGUCAAACAAUUGAUCAUGGUUGUAGAGAUGGCAAGACAAGAAUCUGGUGACCCAAUUGAAAAUCUCAGAAUGUCAAUAGAGGAUUUACAAGCAAGAUUUUUCUGA